CGGCUCCGUUCGCGAAGAACGCUCAGCCUGACUCUGUUGCCCCCUUUAUAUAUCGUCUCAACCUACUGGGAGGCCGCAACAAAAUGGAUCAGUUGCCACUCGACCUUAUCGACCGAAUUCUGACCUCUCUUCCCGAUUUCGAUACUCUGUGUGCCACCAUCUUGGUCUCGAAGAGCAUAUACAAUGUCUUCAAGAUACGUCCGACCUCCAUCAAGGCCUCUGUUACUUUCAAUAUAGCAGGGCCGAGCGCGAAGCAAGCUAUGGCUCUGUCGAACAUCCAGUGGGACCGGACUGUGGAGUUUUAUGAAGAAGCCAACAUCAAGGACUACCCUUCCUGCCGAGUGCAGGGUACGCAGCUAUUGGAUCGCGCAAAUAUUGUUGCGUCUUUUGAGGCACUGUUCAGUAGAAGAUAUAAGGAUCGAGAGUCCGCCACCAGCGCAUUGUCCGCUUCCGAGUCCCUUCGCUUCCAACGCGCCCUCUAUCGCCUAUGGUCGUACCAAGCCAUCUUUGGGGAAGACUGGGACGAAACCAAUGAUAGCUCAGAGGACGAAGAGAUCGAAGAGAUGCUACACAAGUCAAGGAAAUUUAUCGAUGUGAUCGGCGACUCUGUUCAAGAGCGCGAGUUUGCCGCCGUAUGUCGUUUCAUGAUGGAGAUCAACCACUGGUUAUGGGUCAAUAAGAACCCAUUGAUAUGGACAUCUCCUAAUUCCUCCAAAUUCCUAUCGACCUCGACUCCCGAUAUCAUCUGGAGAUGUAUCGAGAGUGGCCGUGAUCUUGGGAUUUUUGAGCAGGACCUGUGGGCUACAAGCAGUUUUCUAGCCAAAGAUCUGCUUGAAGUCCCGCUAGACAUCAUGGAACUGGACACAGCUGAGCCUUGCGCGAAGGCCAUCCUGGAAGAAUGGGACGCCACAAAGCAUGCCUGCUCGCACUGUCACAACGAUGGGCUGGAAGAUUUAUGGAACGAGAAAAACUGGGAUCUUCUCUCUGGGAUUAUUCUGCCCAGUGACCUCAUAGAUCUACUCGAGGGUCGCUUGAGAAGCAACGUUAUCGAAAUGCCAGAAAUCUACAAGGUCGUGAGAGUAACGUACUUCGACUACGCGGAUAUGCUCCGCAAGAUGUUUGACGCCGUGCGCGAUGAAGGAGACGACGACGACGAUGAAUGGAGACCAGAGGCUUGGUUGUGCACCAAUUGUGUGAAGACAUUCAUCAAGUUGAACCUUAGGAGCUGGUGGUUGCGUUAUAAACAAGAACAUGGUCUUCCGUUACAGCAGCAAGACUGCUGGUAUGGCUAUAACUGCCGCACUCAGACUCACAGGCAUGUGCACGCUUCCCGGCUCAAUCACUUCUGCGUCCCUACGAGAGGCACAGAAUGAGAAUAUAUCUAUCACAUGAAUAUGUUGAAGUAUGCCUCGGCUUGCUACCUUGUAUAACCAAACUUUCCCUUCUGUUCGUGGCUUCCAGUUUUCACCGUACCUCCAAACGAGCGCCA